CGUAGUACCCCGUACCUUACGAAUUGGAAUACAAACCCCCCUCUUCCAAGAAGGGCUUGGUCUAUCGAUACGAUUCCAUACCUUAGCUACCUUGUGAUCUUGCUCGUAUUUAUUUGAUUCUACCCCUCCCCCGCUCUCUUUUUACCCCUUCGACAGGCACAGGCACAACACAACACCAUCGUGACUAUCGUGAGGAUCCGAGGCAAAUUCCUAAAUUUAUCAAUACCGAAUUACACAGUUCCCACGGGCUGCUGUGAUUAGAACCAGUCAGAGCCGUGUCCCCGUCACAUAGCUCUUCCGCCUUCUUAAUAGACAGUUCGGAUCAUAGAAAACAUCGAAUUCCCGCUACACCCGUUGCAACACCCUCGCGACCAUGUCCCAAGGCGAGGAAGGUCCUCUUUACCUGGGGCUUGACCUGUCGACCCAGCAGCUCAAAGCCAUCCUCGUCCAAUCCGACCUCCACGUCGUCUCCGAAGUCAAGGUCGAUUUUGAUGCAGAUUUCGGUUCCAAAUACAAGAUCCGCAAGGGUGUUCUCGUCAACGAGGCUGAGAACGGGGUCUUCGCUCCCGUCGCCCUCUGGCUCGAAUCUAUUGACCUCGUCCUCGCUCGCCUGCGCGAUGCUACCCCGGGUGGCCUUGGCCGCAUCCGUGGCAUCAGCGGCUCGUGCCAGCAGCACGGGAGCACCUACUGGAGUCGCGACGCCGAGUCCCUCCUCGCCGGCUUGAAGUGGGAUGAGAAGGAACCCAAGGGCCUCGUCGACCAGCUAACAGACGCCUUCUCCCAUCCAUUCGCUCCCAACUGGCAGGAUGGCAGUACUCAGGCACAGUGUGAUCGCUUCGAUGCUGCCUUGGGAAGCGCACAUAGACUGGCCGAGGUGACUGGCAGCUCUGCUCAUCAUCGCUUCACCGGCACCCAAAUCAUGCGCCUCCGCGAGAAGCUUCCCGAAAUGUACGCUGCGACGUCCCGUAUCUCCCUCGUCUCCUCCUUCCUCGCCUCCAUCUUCCUUGGCUCCAUUGCUCCCCUCGACAUUGGCGACGUCGGCGGCAUGAACCUGUGGGACAUCCAGGCUAAGGCCUGGUCCGAACCUCUGCUCGCCCUCGCUGCCGGUGGUGAAUCGGAAGCCGCCGGCCUGCGUCAGCGGCUGGGAGAACCCCGCCUCGACGGAGGCGGCUCCAUGGGCGCCAUCGCACCCUACUUCCGCGCCCGCUACGGCUUCCACCCCGACUGUCAGAUCGCUCCCUUCACCGGCGACAACCCCGCCACCAUUCUCGCCCUGCCCCUUCGCCCCCUCGACGCCAUCGUCAGCCUUGGAACGAGCUCCACCUUCCUCAUGAUCACCCCCGUCUACCAGCCGGACGAGUCCUACCAUUUUAUGAACCACCCUUGCACGCCGGGCCAGUACAUGUUCAUGCUGUGUUAUAAAAACGGCGGCCUCGCCCGAGAGACCGUCCGUGACCGUCUACCCAAGCCUCAGGGACCCGACAGCACGCCCUGGGACGAAUUCAACAAGUGCGUCCUCGACACCCCCGCCCUUGACCUCCCCGUCGACAACGAGGGGAACCCCGUCGGAGCCGACCCCAAGGCCAAGAUGGGCCUGUACUUCAAUCGCCCGGAAAUCGUCCCCAACAUCCGCGCCGGCACGUGGCGGUACACCGUCGCUCCGUCCGGCGACCUCUCUACGCUGCAGGAAAGCAAAGAACCGUGGGACCCCAAGGUCGACCCCCGCAUCCUCGUCGAGUCGCAGGGCCUCUCCAUGCGCCUCCGCUCGCAAGCCCUCGUCGAACCGCGAGGCGCUUCGUCCUCCUCCGCCGACGACGACAAGCCCACGCUCCCUGCCCAGCCGCGCAGGAUCUACCUCGUCGGCGGCGGCUCCCUCAACCCGGCCAUCGCGCAGGUGCUCGGCUCCGUGCUCGGCGGCGCGGAGGGCGUGUAUCGCCUCGACGUCGGCGGGAACGCCUGCGCUUUGGGCGGCGCCUACAAGGCAGUCUGGGCCCUCGAGCGACGCGAUGAGAACGAGACGUUCGACGACCUCAUUGGCAAGCGGUGGCGCGGGGAUGAGGCUGUCGAGAAGGUCGAUGUCGGCUACCGCCCCGGCGUUUUCGAGCGGUACGGCAAGGUGGUGGGGGCUUUCGAGGAGAUGGAGAAGCGCAUUCUCGAGGUUGCUAAGAAUUAAGUCUCGCAAAGCUUGGCAUGGACGGAUGGGUGGAAAUUGCAUGGGCUCAUGGGACGGUGCAUGACUGGUAGUAAUGAUUUAGAGGCGUUGCUAAUCUUAAAAUUAGAUCUCCUUUUUGGUUCAUUCUGAUCUUCUUUGCCUGAUGACAACUUCUCUCGCGCGCU